AUGUCCACAUACUCGUCCUCGGGCAGCAGCAGGGCCGCCUUUCCAGGCCCUUAUGCGCGUAAGAUUUCGCUGACUUCCAAGCCAAACAUGGCCAUCCACAUCGACAACCACUACCGGUCCAAGGUCUACACCACCUCGUCAGAAGUCUCGGGGCACGUCGACAUCAGCCCCGCGAACGACGUGCGGUUCGACACCCUGCAGAUCUUGCUACUCGGCACCAGCAGAACGCGCGUAGACGCCGUCAGCAUCCCGCAGGCGACGUCUCACACGUUCCUGAAGCUCACGAUGCCCAUCCCAGAGUCCAGCUACCCGGUCCCGCGGGUUUUCGAGACGGGCAGGACCUACAAGGUGCCGUUCAACUUUGUCAUCCCUAGCCACCUCACGCUCAACGCCUGCAACCACAAGGUCUGCAAUGAUUCUGUCCAGGAGCAUCACGUGCGCCUGCCGCCCUCAGUAGGCGGCUGGGAGAAGGACGACUUUGCGCCGAACAUGUCACGGGUAAACUACUGCAUCAAGGCCCGAGUGCUGCGGGACGAAGAAGUGGGCGCGCCCGCCGUCAAGGUGAUGGAAGAGGGCAAGGAGAUCAAGGUCCUGCCGGCGGUCCCGGAGGAUGCGCCGCUGAACGUCACGGCGCAGGACAAGCUGUACACCAUGUCCAGGAGCAAGACGCUGCGCAAGUCGAUCCUGUCGGCCAAGAGCGGCAAGGUGACCGUCUCGGCCAACCAGCCGGCACCGGCGAUGAUGACCCCCGAUGGACACUCCGUCUCGCCCACGACGGCGCAGCUGGACCUCGAGUUCGAGCCGACGUCGAGCAACGAGUCGCAGCCGCCGAGGGUGACGGGCGUGACGGCCAAGGUCAUGGCCGUGUCGUUCUACUCGGCGGGGCCUAUCAACCACUACCCGAACCUCAAGGACUGGGCGCGCGGCUUCGGCGCCGAGGGGCGCGGGUGCUACACGGGGUCCGUGUCGCUCGGCGCGACGGCCCCCGUCGGCAAGGUCGCCUGGAAGCAGCACUUGACGUGCCAGGCACGGCGGGACUCGGGCUACUGCACCGACGACACGGAUCAGACAGUCGAGAGUCCGCGAAUAGCCUCACCCGCCGGCAACAGCAACAAGAAGCACAGCAGCAAGACAUCCCCCUACUACCACACCACCUCCCUCCAGAUCCCCAUCCGCCUCCCCACCGCCAAGCGCCAGUUCAUCCCGACGUUCCACUCGUGUAUCACGUCGCGCGUGUACGUGCUCGCGCUCACGGUAUCACUGUCCUCGGGGAGCGGUAGUACCAACGGCAGCGUGACGCUUGAACUUCCCCUACAGAUCGGCGUUGACGUGCUGGCUGCGCCGCGCGUGGAUCCGAGCGGCCUGCCGUCGUUUGAGGCGGCCAUGGAGGACGCGGCCGUGGACGAGCUGCUGAGGCCGCGCGUGCUGGGGCUGGGUCGGCUUGCGGGCGGCGAAGUGCUGCCGGGGUAUGCGAGGCGGGAUGGGGUUGCUGUGCGGUGA